UCAUCACCAACUGCACCAUGGACCCCAAUUCAUCUUCCCAAAACAACGCUAUUAUCAACGACCAGGACUCCUUUGUCAAACCUCCUAACACCUAUGCCGAUUCCAGUCAGGUUUUACAGACCCAGGACAUCCAACAGUCCUUUGCCAAUGAGUGGGAGCCUUCUUCUCCUGUUUCCACCUAUAGCAAGUUUCUAACAUUCGCUGGUGAGAUUUUUGGUGCCUGUGGUUUGGUUCCCUGUUGUUGUUGCUCUAAUCCAUACAAGUCAAUUGAGCAAGGAAAUGUUGGUUUGAUCACCAGAUUCGGUCAAUUGUACAAAAUUGUCGACCCUGGCUUAACCAAAGUUAAUAUCAUCAGUGAGGAUUUGAUCUCCCUUUCUGUUAAAAUCCAGUAUAUCGAGGUUCCAUCUCAAAAAUGUAUCACAAAGGACAAUGUCACGGUUUUGAUAACCUCUGUCGUUUACUACAAUAUCAACCAACCUCAUAGAGCUGCUUUCGCCAUUACCAAUUUAAACUCUGCAUUGAAUGAAAGAGCUCAAACAACCUUAAGACAAGUUGUCGGUGGUAAAAAUUUGCAAGAGAUCAUUGAGAAGAGAGAAUUGGUUGCCAUUGAUAUGGAAAAUCUAAUCUCUCAAACUGCUAAAGAAUGGGGUGUCCACAUUGAGAGCAUCCUUAUUAAGGACUUAUCCUUACCCGAAAAUGUUUCCAAUUCUUUGUCUUUAGCUGCUGAAGCAAAGAGAAUUGGUGAAGGUAAAAUCAUUGCUGCUAAAGCCGAAGUUGAAAGUGCCAAAUUAAUGAGAAAGGCUGCUGAUAUCUUGGCUAGUAAACCUGCUAUGCAAAUUAGAUACCUUGAUGCCAUGCAAAACAUGGCAAAAUCUGCAAACUCAAAAGUCAUCUUCAUGCCUGGUGCAUCUUCAAGUUCUACUAUCGAAGAAGCUGACGACUUUUCGAAUCCAAAAAAUAAAAAACAAACAAUGUAUCCAACUCACCCUAUAAUCUCCCCUUUACCAACUGGCCAAGAUGAUGAUUUGUUUGAUAAUGAGCUGCAAAUUGUCAGAAUGACUGCCUUAAAUGAAGGUAUUAGCCAUUAAAUAUAAAACAAGCAAACAAACAAACAAUAUUUUAUUUUUUUCAUUGGUUGACUAUUUGACUAUUAUCUUACAAUCCCUUACCCCUCUUAAUUAAUGUUUUUUUCUAAUCAUUACAUUUUAUUAAUUUACUGUUUUUAUGUUUAUUGAGUUUUAUUAUCAUUAUCGUUAUCGUUAUUUAUGUUUAUGUUGGAUUCCAU